GCAACCAUCGCCAGGAUCUGGCACGACCGGCACGUCCACGGUUUCCUCGAACACGGCCGACGGGGAAAAUGGCCAAAGCAUCGGCUUGUAUCCGGUGGGCAGCGUGGGUCCAACGCCAACGAACCCAACGACCGCCACAGCGAUCACAACCACAGCAACGAUAUCACUGGCGACCAGCGGGCCCAGGACUCAAGAGCCUGGGCCCAGUAUCACCAGAAGCGCGUCAGCACCCACUGCACCGAGGCCGGUCAUCCAGGUGGCCAGCACUUCCAGCAACCCUGGCAGCCAGAAACCCAGGCUGAGAAGGACCAUGAGUCGCACCGAGGCUAUCAGGAAUUACAUCAGACGCGAAACAGCGCAGUUCUUCGGCGUGGACGAGGAGUCCGAGGCGCUGGAGAGACAAAGAUGGCUAGACCGAAGACGGAGAAUGGCGUCGAGGAAGUACGGUGCCCUUGUUCCGGAACACAGACCGCCGGAUCCAGAUAUUACCAGGGACGUGCCAGACACUACCGACGUGCCAGAAGGUGUUACAUUGAGAAGAUGGCAGCAACCAGUCAGACGAAAAGAUUCCGUGGCGAGAAUGACGCUUUCGGGGCUCCAUUACGUCGUCGAGGUGAGUCCUCCCUUUUUUCUCUCUCUCCCACGGCGAAUAACCAACCAACAGCCGCGCAAAUAUCGCGGCUCUCCUCUGGAAAGUCAGACAAAAGUCGCGAAUUCGUUUCGGCCUGUGCUCGUUAGAGGGCAAAAAACGGCGUAUAAUAAAGUGGAAUUGUAAAAUGAAGACGCGCGAUUUUCUAAUU